AUGUCUGCACCAAACGAUGACAUGGAAAUGGAGAAGAUCGCAGAAGAUGAAUUAUCCAAGCUGCAGCGACAGUACCGAGUGAUGGAAUUGGAGAGAGGUGCGGUGAGCGCGAGCGCGCGGCCCGCACUACGUUUGCAACGACAAAUGGUGUCCACACUUAGUGCACAACUAGAGAACAUCAUGCUGGAACUCAAGUUAACAAAGAGCACAUCGAAUGUUCUAGAAAACGCUAGAACACGAGAGAAGAUAUUGACUUUGCUCAAAGAACACGAGAAGUAUUCAGCAGAGGUCCGCGAACACCGCAGUAACAUCGCCGAGCUGAACUUCCUUCUCAAACAGGUGCAGAAGGAGAUCAAAGCCUUGAAGUCCAAAGGAUCAACUGUUGAUAAGGAAUGCGCGUUAGAGCUGAUGAACCAGGGCAUGGUGGCGCAGCUUGAGAACCGACUGGACACCGCCAUGAAGAAGUUCAACGCCGCCAACAGUGACAAUUACGCCAUGCGGUUGCAGAUCGACUGCCUGCUGCGGGAUCGUCAGUUCUUCAACACGAUGUGGCGGAAGCAGUUGCGGCAGCUGAUGGCAGGAAAAGCGCAACUGCUGGAGCUGGUCGAGCAGGCUAUUGGCGCGCACGAGCUGCGCGAGGAGAGCUGCGCACGUCUGCACGCGCUGCGCGAACAGGCCGCACAGCAGUACAGGAAACACUGCCUCGAGGUGCGCGAGCUGCAGCGUCAGCUGGAACACAGCGUGAAGCUGGAGCAGUUCCUACGCACGAAGGGCACGGUGCGGCUGACGGCGGCGGACGCGCGGGCCGAGGCGCGCCGCCAGCACCGCCACGAGCUCGAGGCACACGCCUACAACAACCACAUCAACAUCCUCGACGCUAUCAAGGAGUUCACCGGGGAGCAGGAGUUGGGCCGCUUGCGACAGGAGUUCACGCGGCGGGAGGAGGAGAACUACGCGCUCUUCAACUACGUCAACGAGCUACAUGCCGAGCUGACUGCACUCGCUGACUCCGUCAACCAGCUCAAUGACGCCAUCGAUGAUGAGAAAGCGAAACACGAGGCGAGGAUGUCCAAGCAGCAGGAUACCGUGGAGUCACUGCGCGACGAACUGGCGCAGCUGCGCGAGGCGCGGGAGAGCGCUCAGCUGCACUGCGCCACCAGCGAACACGCGCUCGACGCUUUACUGCGCCGAGUGCGCGAACUGGCGCAGGCGUGCGAGUGCGAGUCGCUGCCACUGUUGAAGCUGGUGGGCGGUGCGCUGGAUGCGUCGGCGAGCAGCGCGCGCCUCUACCUCACCAGCCUCGAGCACCGACUGCGAGAAAUGGUCGACCUCAUCAAGAUGGACGAAGCGCUGCAGCGGCACGCGGACGCCAAGGCGCGAACACCACCGCCCGCGCGCCGCGCCCGUCGCGUCCCGCCCUCCCCUCGCCCGCCGCGCUCGCUGCUCGCGCACGCAUAG